UGUUCGGGCGCUCGCUGGAAAAGUUUGGGAGCGCUGUGAAUGUAUGAAUACCUGGGGGAUUUAACAACAAAACAGGAGGACGACAGGAAAACUUUGAAUGCAGCAAAUAGUAGGAUAUUUUACCGCGGACGUGAAAAAUGAUCGCAAAGAAGACUGAAUGGUCGUUUGUGUCGUAAAAUCUGUUCUCUGUUUCAACUGCUCUUCAACUAAUCCGCCUGGAAAGUUAGUUUGGUCGGACCGACGCAGGGAGAAACUGCAUAGGAAAUGGCGGAAACCAAAAUAAUCUAUCAUAUCGACGAGGAGGAGACGCCGUACCUGGUGAAGAUCCCCAUCUCCUCGGAAGAGAUCACACUGUUGGACUUUAAACAAGUCCUCAAUAAACCCAACUAUAAGUUCUUCUUCAAGUCCAUGGAUCAGGACUUUGGAGUGGUGAAAGAAGAAAUCUCAGAUGAUUCUGCAAAGCUUCCUUGCUUUAAUGGAAGAGUGGUGUCUUGGCUAGUGUCUUCAGAAAGCUCUGCGGUAGAAGUUGCAACACCUCCAGCCCCAGUCAUAGAAGUCCGACCGGAACCGUCGCCCCCUCCGCCCCCUCUCCCCCCUCCACCUGCAGAGCGGCCCGGUGGCAUUGGAGACUCGAGACCUCCUUCCUUUCAUCCUAAUGUGGCCAGCAGUGUGGAUACUCUGGAUGAGACGACAGAAACAGAGUCUGUGGUAUCAUUUAGGAGAGAGAGACCAAGACGAAGAGAGAGCAUAGAACAGCACGUUUCGCGUGUAAAUGGCCAGACACGGAUAGAGCGCCACCUGGCAGGCUAUGAGAGCUCCUCCACCAUGAUGAGCAGUGAAUUUGAAACCACCAGCUUUUGUGAUUCAGAUGAUGAUGAUACCAUGAGCAGAUUUAGCAGUUCUACAGAACAGAGUACAGCUUCUCGAUUGUUGAAGAGACACCGCAGACGAAGGAAACAGCGUCCUCCCAAACUAGAACGGGCUUCGUCAUUCAGCAGCGUGACUGACUCCACAAUGUCCCUUAACAUCAUCACUGUUACACUUAACAUGGAGAAGUAUAAUUUCUUGGGCAUCAGUAUCGUGGGUCAGAGUAAUGAGCGAGGUGAUGGAGGCAUCUACAUUGGCUCCAUUAUGAAGGGAGGAGCUGUGGGUGCAGAUGGCAGAAUAGAGCCUGGUGACAUGCUGCUGCAGGUGAACGAUAUAAACUUUGAGAACAUGAGCAAUGAUGAUGCUGUGAAGGUUCUGAGAGACAUCGUACACAAACCAGGACCCAUCAUCCUGACCGUUGCUAAAUGCUGGGACCCGUCGCCCCAGGGAUACUUCACACUGCCUCGCAAUGAGCCGAUCCGACCCAUUGACCCUGCAGUGUGGGUUUCUCACUCAGUAGCUAUGAGUGGUGGAGUGUACGCUCCAUACCCCCCCAGCACCAUCACGUCCAGCUCAUCUGUCACAGAGACCGAGAGAUUUGAUGAGUUUUCACUCUCGCUGCAUUCUGAUAUGGCAUCAGUGGCUAAAGCCAUGGCAUCUCCUGACUCUGGCCUUGAAGUCAGAGACAGAAUGUGGUUGAAGAUCACCAUUCCCAAUGCGUUCCUGGGUUCUGAUGUAGUAGAGUGGCUUUACCACCACAUCGAAGGCUUUCAGGACAGACGCGAGGCUCGUAAAUAUGCCAGUAACCUCCUGAAAGCUGGAUUUAUCAGACACACCGUCAACAAGAUCACAUUCUCAGAGCAAUGCUACUAUGUGUUCGGAGACUUCAGCGACUGUGAAAACUAUAUGGCGAACCUUUCGCUGAAUGAUAAUGAUGGCUCCAGCGGAGCAUCUGAUCAGGACACUCUGGCACCACUGCCUUUGCCAGGGGCAACGCCCUGGCCCCUGAUGCACACCUUCCCGUAUCAGUACCCGCAACCCUACCCAACCCAACCUCCGCCCUACCAUGAGUUGUCCAGCUAUAGCUACGCACCAGGAAGUGCUGGCAGUCAACACAGCGAAGGCGAUCGUAGCAGCGGUUCAACACGGAGCGAGGGUGAACGAAGGCGGGGAAGCAAAGGAGGCGGCAGCACCAGUGGUCGCGAUGACAAAUCCCCCGUAGGAGGCGGCGCUGACUCCCGCUCUGGCAGCGGCAGCGAAUCGGAGUACUCAGUUCGGAGCAGCCGGAGGCGGGACCACGGUUCCGCCACACCGAGUGAGCAUAGCCUCAGUCUGAGCCAGCGAUCGCAUCACAGAGUUCCGCCCACCCAUCUGGCUCCAUACCCCCCAGGCAUCCCCAUCCCUUACAAUCCCAUGAUGGUAAUGAUGGUGCAGCAGCAUCCCCACCCUCAUCCGGCCAUGGGCGCCCCUAUCCCCAGCCUCUCCACCCUUCAAGCCCUUCCUCCUUCCUUAACACCUGGUGGCCCCCCUGGAGCUCCUCCGACCAGGGAUCUGGGUUCAGUUCCUCCUGAGCUUACUGCAUCCAGGCAGUCCUUCCAUCUGGCUAUGGGCAACCCUAGCGAGUUCUUUGUUGAUGUUAUGUAGUAAAAUAGGAAACGCAGACGAAAUGUGAAAUUAAUCAAGUGAGCUAAAAAAAAAUCAAAGCCAAAACAAGUCAAGUGUCUUUCAGAGGAGUCUUCCUUACUUUACCAGGAUGCUUUUUGGAAUGUUUAUUUUUGAAAUGCAAACACGGCCAUGAUUCAUUUUUCCACUCUCUUUGGCUCUUUUGUGUGUUCUGUACGUUUAUGAACACUAAUAAUAAACACUUGCUGGUACUGGUAACGUUGCAACUUUAAACUAAAGCAAUGACAAAUAAACAGAAUAUGAUUGAAAUCAAGAUUUUGUUUGUUUGGACAAAUACAAGGCAAAAUGUAGGUAAGGUGAUAAAACUAGUCUAACUUGGCCAUUCCACUUGGUACUUUCAUUCAUGUGGUUGUUAGGGAAAUAGAGAUUUGCCUAAACUUGAUCCGAGUAAAAAACUGCUCCACAAUGAUUCUCAUGAUUUUAUGUAAAACGUUGUGACAGGUGAGCAGUGUAACGACAAAUAAGAUUUGUGUUAAAAUAAAAAUACUUUUUUACAAAUUUCAAAUUUAUUGAGUGUUUGCACAGCAGUAGUACAGUCUGUUACCUUUUUACAGGGAGUUUCAUGCAGUCUUUACUUAAAGGUAUUGUUCAAAUAGAAGAAGAUUAAACAAAUGAAAAUAAUUGUUAUCUUUGCUCUAAGAGUGUUGCCAUAGUGUGUAUAGACUGUAGUUAAAUCUUUACAACAUGAGCUAGAGUAUUUAGAUCAGGUUUUUAUAAAGGCACUGACAAUUGUUUUUUUAUCAUACAUUGUUGUUUUGUAACUGAUCUUGAGGUCUUAUUAAAUCACAGAACUGACAAAAUCUGAUACCAUAAUGAGCUUUUUUCAUUUUGCCAUUAACUUUGUGCACAUUGCAUUUUUACUUCCUGCUUGUCAAUGUUAUAUUAUUGUUUUGCUAAAAACAGAAGGAUAGGUUCAUAGGUCCAGCUUGAUAUAUUUACAUUAAAGUCUGUAGACGUCUGGCUGUUUCACUAACGUGCCUGUAAGCAUGUCUCCUGCAUUUGUUUCACAUUUUUUGUUUAAUGCGUGUUUUACUUCGGGCCACCUCUUUGUAGCCAUUGUUUGUAGAUCUGUUUUACUGAUCUGAGACCAGUUUUGUGGUUUUUAUUAUGUCAGGGUUUGCAAAGGUUGGACUGUUGUUGGAUUUGUACGAGAACGCUACUUGGAGCCAACAGCCUCAGCUGGAACAGAUCAACUGACAUUUUUGUACUAUUUAGAGAACAAGGGGGAAAUUGCGAUUUAACAUGCAAACUAUUUAAUGAUGCAGUUUGUUUUGUAAAUUUACUGGUACGGUUUGGGAUGAGCCAAAGGCUAAAGUGUAGAGCAAAAAACUUUCCAUGCCAGUUUGCUUUUAUUGAACAAUCCGUGAUUGGUUAAAUUGCCAUGAUCCAUAUGAGGAUCAUUUUAAUCUCCUGUUACUGGUAGACUGUAAUAAUAGGAACUAAUGUACAAACGGAAAUCAUUGUUGACUGUAGGGUUAUAGUAUUCUAGUUUUGCUGUAGACCUGACAUGGACGCAUUUCUACCUAUAUUUUACUUUGUUUUUUUACAUGUAUAAAUUUUUGUAAUCUAAAUAAAGGUGCUAUAUGAAGUGAGACCAUUGUCAUAUUUUAUGUUGUUAUUAAUUAAUUGUUAUUGAUGGCAACAUGAGUCUGAAUAUGUUAAAUAAUGUGCCUGCAAUCAUUUGUUGUGACAUCCUAAUAAAAAAAGA